AGCAAUUAAGAAAAUAGUUUCAAUAAAUUUUAAAGCCCCAAAAGCAAAAUACGGAAGGCUUAGAGUCAAAAAAGCAAAACAAAUUUUUAUAUGUUUUGCAUACAAAUAAAUAUGUUUGAAAAGCACUAAAAUAAGGGCUGUAAAUUAAAGCGUAGAAUUUGUUUUUUAACAAAUUAGGAUUAUAUGCUUUAAAAACCAACAAAAUUAGGGAACGGUUUUACAAAUUAUAAUUAUACAGGCUAUUUAAAACAAUAUUAUUUGGUAUUUACCGCAAGAAAAUCUUAUAUAAAGAAGUAAACUAUUAAAACAGUAAAAAUCCAAGCAGCAAAAGCCAUAGAUUUAAAAAAAAUUAAAGAAGGGAAAAGAAAUAGGUGAAUAAAAACUCAUAAUCACGCCAAAAACAUUUUUAAAAUAGUGAAAAAUCCCUAUUAGGAAUGCACAAAUCCAGAAAUACUUACAAAACUUAGUAGAUAAAGGCAAAAAAAAAACAAAAGAUCAAUCAAAUGAGCUGAAAUACAAUGCGUAUGAUACUAUUCAAAUAAAAACUAUAGUUUAAGACCUCAAAUCUGGGCAAAGCAAAUGUUAUUAUUAUACAAUCCUAAGACUCGGGCAGCAAUCGCUAUAAAUCCUUUAAUAAGUAAAGACAUUCAAGUUUUAAUAAAUAAACAAUAAACUAUUGAAAACGACACUGAUCAAAAUGUAUAAAAUGAAAACCAAAAUCAAGGCAGGAACUGAUUUAACACUCAAAAAAAUCUCAAGCGGCGAAACCAACUAAAAUUCAAAUCCAUUUUUUCUAUAGCAAUUAAACAAGAAUUUUUUUGAAAACAACAACUGAAGAAAAAGAGAGUGCCAGUGUAUGUCAACCCCAUCCCAAAUUAAAAAUCAAGUAUAAAAACAAGUACCUGUAGAACAAAAAUAAAAAUCAUCUAAGGACAUUUUCGAGAGAUCCCUAAAACAGAGAUCGCCGUGGGAAAUCAAUUCUGCAUGACGCACUUGGUUGUUUGAAACGGUUAUGUGAUGAGAUACGACGUCCAGGAGCUGCUACUUCAUCAGUCUGCUGAGGAUCCAUUCGCUAGAUUUGCCAAUGGGAUGGCAUAUCAUCCAUUUCUGCAGCUAACGCAACGACCCACUGACUUCAGCGUAUCCUCGCUGUUGACGGCGGGUAGCAACAACAGUAAUAAUACUAAUAAUAGUAACAGCAGCGGAAACAACAACAACUCCAACAACAAUUCCAACAACACCAAUAAUAACACCAAUAAUCUAGUGGCCGUUUCACCAACGGGUGGUGGUGCGCAGUUAUCGCCGCAGAGCAACCACAGCAGCAGCAACACCACCACCACCAGCAACACCAACAACUCCAGUUCCAACAACAACAACAAUAAUAAUAACAACAAUAAUAAUAAUAACAACAACAACCAUACAAAUAAUAAUAACAACAAUAAUACGAAUCAAAAACAAGGACACCAUUUGAGCACCACCGAAGAUACAACAUCGCCAGCUGGGACACCACCACCGCCCACAAUUGUUGGUGUACCGUCAAUACCACCCCCCAACAACAACACAGCUGCCCAUCCAUCGCACCACCCAACAACAACAACAACAGCAAGGGAGGCUCAUCACUCACCAAAUACGGGUGCCGCUGCACCACCCAGUGGCGUAACGGGCUUACCGCCACCCACACCGCCGCACCACCUCCAACAACAACACCAGCAGCAGGCCCCACCACCACCACCCCCCUAUUUUCCCGCUGCGGCACUGGCCGCCCUCGCUGGAAGUCCGGCCGGACCACAUCCGGGCCUAUAUCCCGGCGGCGGACUCCGCUUCCCGCCACACCACCCGGGUGCCCACCCACACGCCCACCACCUGGCCAGCGCCUACACCACCGCCGAGGACGUCGUCCUUGCCUCGGCCGUCGCCCACCAGCUGCAUCCGGCGAUGCGCCCCCUGCGGGCACUGCAGCCCGAGGACGACGGGGUCGUCGACGAUCCCAAGGUCACGCUGGAGGGCAAGGACCUGUGGGAGAAGUUCCACAAGCUGGGCACCGAAAUGGUCAUCACCAAGAGCGGCAGACAAAUGUUUCCGCAAAUGAAAUUUCGUGUUUCGGGACUGGAUGCCAAGGCUAAAUACAUCUUGCUACUGGACAUCGUGGCGGCGGACGAUUAUCGUUAUAAAUUCCAUAAUAGUCGCUGGAUGGUGGCUGGGAAAGCGGACCCCGAGAUGCCAAAACGCAUGUAUAUCCAUCCAGAUUCGCCCACAACGGGUGAGCAAUGGAUGCAGAAAGUUGUUUCAUUUCACAAAUUAAAAUUGACCAACAAUAUUAGUGAUAAACAUGGAUUUGUAAGUACUACGAUCCUGAACUCGAUGCACAAGUACCAGCCGCGUUUCCACCUGGUGCGAGCCAAUGACAUCCUGAAGCUGCCGUACUCCACGUUUCGCACGUACGUCUUCAAGGAGACCGAGUUCAUCGCCGUCACUGCAUAUCAAAAUGAGAAGAUAACUCAAUUGAAAAUCGACAACAAUCCCUUUGCGAAGGGCUUUCGUGAUACUGGUGCUGGCAAGCGGGAAAAGAAGCAGGCGUUGAUGUCGAACCGAGGGUCCGAUUCGGACAAGCUAAACCCGACCCACGUGAGCAGUUCGCGGGCACCGCUCCACCUGGGCCACGCCGGCCGUCCGCCCCACCUGCACCCCCACGCCGCCCUCCUCGACAACCAGCAGGACGACGACGACAAGCUCCUGGACGUCGUGGGUCCUCCGCAGAGUCCGCUCCUGCCGCUCAGCCACUCGCUGCAGCAGAUGCACGCCCACCAGCACUCCGCCUUGGCCGCCUGGUUCAACCACCUGGCGGGCGCGGGAGCCGGCGCCUCGGAGCACGCAGCCGCUGCUGCCGCGAAUGCCAGUGCGGAGGAUGCACUGCGUCGCCGCUUGCAGGCGGACGCCGACGCGGAGCGGGAUGGCAGCGACUCGAGCUGCUCGGAGAGCGUCGGCGGCAGCACCGGCGGUGCCUUCAGGCCCACCUCGACGGGCAGUCCCAAGGAGGCGGGUGGGGCGGCCGCCGCGGCCGCUGGCCUAAAUCCCGGCGGUGGCGGUGGUGGCGGCAGCUACCCCUCGCCGAACAUCUCGGUGGGUCCGCCGAUCCAUCCGUCGCCGCACCUGUUGCCUUACCUCUAUCCCCACGGCCUCUAUCCGCCGCCGCAUCUGGGCCUGCUGCACAAUCCGGCGGCGGCGGCGGCCAUGAGUCCGGCGGGCCUCAAUCCCGGCCUGCUCUUCAACGCCCAGCUGGCGCUGGCCGCCCAGCAUCCGGCCUUGUUUGGCCACGCCUACGCGGCGGCGGGACACACGCCGGUGUCGCCGUUGCAGGGAUUGAAGAGCCACCGCUUCUCGCCGUACAGUUUGCCGGGCAGCCUGGGCUCCGCCUUCGAUGCAGUGACUCCCGGCUCGAAUGCCAAUCGCUCGGGCGAUCCGCCCGGCGGCGGACCUCUGGGUGGGGGCGUGGUGGAGAACGGACCCCGCAGCCUGAGCUCCAGUCCGCGACCGCGGCCCGCCUCCCACUCGCCGCCCACGCGACCCAUCUCCAUGUCGCCCACCACGCCCCCUUCCCUGAUGAAGCGCGGCGGGGGCGGAGGGGGCGUGGCCCAGGCCCAGCACUCGCCGUCGGAGCUGAAGAGCAUGGAGAAGAUGGUCAACGGACUGGAGGUGCAGCACAACGGCAGUGCGGCGGCGGCAGCGGCUGCUUUGCAACUGGCCGAGGAGGCGGCCCAACACCACCACCACACCCAGGCGCACCACCCACAGCAGCCGCAUCCGCACCACCAGCCGCAGCAGCACCAGGCGCACCACCAGCAGCAGCAGCACCACCCGACCCAUCUGCACCCGCAUCCGCAUCAUGGGGCGACGACGGGCGGGGCGGACCAGUGACAAUUACUGGACGGCCGCUCCGACUGCGAGGACGGCGGCCUGGAACUGGAGCUGGAGCUGGAGCUGGAGGAGGACGUGGAGGAGCAGGAGGAGGCGGAGGAGCAGGACGAGGACCGCAGCUCGGUGAUCGACCUCGACCUGGACGUCGACGUCUGACCGCGAACGGAGGAACGCCGCAGCCUCUAGCCCCCGAAGUACACGGCCGCCGUUUUCGUGGCUUAGCCGCCAGUGUUGUACAUACAUAUAGCGAUCUGAUCCCCGGACUUGGGCAUUUGUAGCAUAAAGGAGAGAGAGAGAGGAGUAGGGAGUGGAGUCGUCCUUUCCAAUCACCCUGCCCCCCGCUCGAAUCGCCGGCCAUAAGUCCUUUUUUUUCUGUCUCGUUUCUAAGCAAAGCCUAGCCCCUAGAAAUCGCCGGCGAUUUGCAGGCAGUGUGAUUGAGGGAGGGGAGGGGGGAGGAAAGGAGUAGGGGCGUGGCAAGAACGGAUGAAACUUUUAGCGCCUUGAAGGGCCAACACACUUGGAGAUCAAACAAACAUAAAAAAACAAUGAGAAAUAAGGGGCAAACAAAUACCCUCAUACAAAUUUAUAAAGGCAUAUAUAAAAUAUGUAUCACCCAUAUAUGUAUAUUGAUUGGAUUGGAAAUAGCAACAUCAAAGAUGGCGCCUCUUUAUAUACAUCUAGAACAUAUAUAUAUAUAUAUAUAUAUAUAUAGUAUAUAUAGAAGCUGAUAUAUAUACAGAUUGUAACC